GAGAAGGGAGAUGGGGAAGGAAGGAGGAUCAUGGAUUGGGGUGUUGAAGAAGGCAAUCCACGCACAUAUACAUGGAGACAUAGAUGAAGACAUUGUGAGGUUUCCACACCUGCCACACAAGAAGGUUCAGGCAGGAGCAGCUCCGCCCACUGCGACUUCGUCUUCUGCUUCUUCUUCUUCAUCGUUAUCUCGGAAGAAGCCGCCGUGUUCAUGCUCGUGCGGCCAUGCUCACGCUGCAGUGCAGACGCUGCAGGUGGACGGAAGCGCAAGGAGUGUCGACAGCAACAGCAGUGGAGGAAGCUCUCGCAGUAUUAGUCUCAGCGAUUGCCGCAGCAGCAGUGGAAGCUGCAGCAUGACCUGCAAUUCUACCACGAACUCAAGAAGGAUUUCUAGCUUAGGAGACAGGCGUCCUCCGACUGAAGAACCCAUGCUUCAUUUCGAGGAUGAGACUGAAGUCAAUGAGACUAUUGCUACUCUAGUGAAUUUAUGGGGCCCUCACUGAUUUAUUCAUUCAUAGCUUUCGUUUUUUGUUCCCCUUAAUUAAGAUAAUCACCUGCCCAGUUUUAUGGACAGAGUCGACGGAGGAGAAGAAGAAGAAGAAGAAGAGAGAUGUAAUUUCAUUUAUGUAUGCUCGCAGGAGCCGGAAACCAUGAGUAAUUUUCUGUGGAGGAAUCGGGAGAAAUCGGUGUCUGGUUAUAGUUAGUUGGUGAGAUGGAGAGGUGAAUGAGAAGGUGGACAUGCCGCUCUCGUGAAAGUUUGAGGGAUAGAGCAGAGGGACCUUUCAGGCUUCUUCGUCUGUCCACCUUGAACUCAUUCAGUGAUGUGAGUUUAUUCAAGUAAUAAAAAUUCAUGCAAGCAUCUUCAUCUCGCUCCAGCCACAAUUGCUUCUGGCUCAAACCCAAGCUGCUUUGAACUCUAGCCGAAGACGAAAGCCAGAAGAGUCUGUGACCAUCGACACUGAAAAGAAAGCCGGUUAGUAAGCGAAGGUUUGCGUCACCAAUGGCAUGCGAAAGUGGAGAGCGAGACGAGUUUGAACAUGCUUGCGGGAGAUUGUUAGACAUGGAGCUGUCAGCUGUUUCACGAACGGUGACGGUAAGGCCCUCGGAUUCGAAAGCAUCAGAAGAGUCUGAACCAUUGCUGACUUGAGGAUCUCUGUCUAGUAUCAAGCCGUUCGGAGCAGCGAUGGUAAUACUAGAGGCUGAAAGAGAGUCUCCUUUCUCGAUGGUGAUCGAGCUUUUGCUGGACGAGUUCGGAGAGUUGACAGUGGAUAAAAGAAUGGGCAUCUCUUCGUCCGUCGAUUGACCGACAGCUCUGGACUUGUCCCUCAGUAUGGACGCGGAGUUCAGACUCCUUCCGCCUUGCCAG